AAAAAAAAAAAAAACCCUUUCAGAAUCCACUGUUUUCUCUGUUCAUAUUGAUUAAAAGGAAAAAAAAAAAAAGGUAUGGAGAGAAAGAAGUUGCAUAUAUUUCUGUGUAUAUUUCUCUUCUUCCAUCAUCAUCAUCAUGCUGCUGCAAGACCUUCUUCAUCUUCUUCUGUGAGCCCCAUCGCCACUAUUCCAUUCAGCGCCGGCUUCUCCCCGCUUUUCGGCGACGCAAACAUCAAAAGAUCGCCGGACGACGCCUCCGUCCAUCUUCAUCUCAACCAACUCACAGGUUCUGGGUUCAAAUCAUCUGAUCUCUACAACCAUGGAUUCUUCAGUGCCAAGAUUAAACUUCCAUCAGAUUAUACUGCUGGAAUUGUAGUUGCGUUUUAUACUACAAAUGGAGAUUUAUUUGUGAAGAACCAUGAUGAAUUAGAUUUUGAGUUUCUGGGGAAUAUAAGAGGAAAACCAUGGAAGUUUCAAACGAAUAUGUAUGGAAAUGGAAGCACAAGCAGGGGAAGAGAAGAAAGAUAUCGUCUUUGGUUUGACCCUUCCAAGGAAUUCCAUCGUUAUAGCAUCCUUUGGACCACCAAUAAGAUCAUAUUUUACAUAGAUAAUGUACCAAUUCGGGAAAUCAUGAGGCAUGAAUCAAUGGGAGGAGACUAUCCAUCUAAGCCAAUGGGGCUGUACGCCACCAUAUGGGAUGCUUCCGAUUGGGCAACCUCCGGCGGCAAAUACAAAACCAACUACAAAUACGCCCCUUUUGUAGCCGAAUUCACCGACUUCGCGCUUCACGGCUGCGCCGUUGACCCUUUAGAGGAAGUGGUCAACGAUCGAUGUAACGAGAAAAAUGAUCAACUCGAAAACGCGAAUUACGCUCGAAUUUCUCCCAAACAGAGGACGGCCAUGGCUAAAUUCAGACAGAGAUACAUGUAUUACUCGUAUUGUUACGACAGUUUGAGAUAUCCAACUCCACCACCGGAGUGUGUGAUUGAUCCGGUCGAAAAACAAAGGUUUAAGGAAACCGGAAGGUUGAAGUUCGACGGGAAACAAAGGCGUCGUCAUUAUAAGGGAGGAAGAAGUCAAGAUUUAGGUACUAAUAAGAGGAUUUAUGAGAACCAGGAUGAUGAAGAAGAGUGAGAUAUUACAAACGCAGGCAUUACACAUUAUUUGUAAGUGUGUUCAUGAAUUAUAGUUGUAUAAAUUGAUCUGAAUUUUUGGGAUUUUUUUUUGGGAGUUGGUAUAGUACCAUAAGAUGCUAUAGCUUGGAUUGUUUUCAUAUUCUUGAGGUGAUUAUUGUUUACACAUUGGAAUGUUGUAUCUGUAUAUAUGUAAUCAAAUGUUGAUCAUUGGUCAUAGCAAUAAACAGAAUGAUAAUUCACAUAAUAGUAAUAUAUUUUUUAAAUUUUGUACAUUUAUAUUUUUGGGCACAAAAUGUUAUAUAUUGGUCAUAGCUAGCUGGAAACUAAUAGUAGCAAUAUUUUUUAAAAUUGGG